AUGACUGCUACAGAGCCAUCCAGAUACCUGGCAAGGUCAUUGCCCCGGGUACUUGCGCCCUCAGCACGCCCCCAGAGCAUCUGCUGGCGACGCAAUGCCUCCGACCAGGCAUCGUCCAGGUCUCCGUCGGACAUCAACGAACUAGAGUCUGCAAGUUCCUUGUCUGGUUCAGUACCAGAAAACGUCGUGAAAUCGUUUGAUCCGGUUUCGAAAGCCAGACUGAGGAAAACUCAGCUUCCAAGGAGUCGUUAUCAAUUCCGUUCUCCCAAAUACGACCGCGGUCCUCUACACCCCCACCAGCCCCCUCCGCCGUCGGAUCCUUCUUCGCGACUUUUCGUCCCAGGUCCGUUUUCGCUCCCCAGAACGGAGCAGACAUACCAAUCAACUGUCGCCCCGGAUAUCCUCACCCUUUGCUACGUUCACAAUCCCCCGGGCUUCAAGCCACCACCUAAAGCUCCUCGUCUCCGUGGAUGGGAUGAAAGCUCUCCUUACCACAAGAACCGAACACUGCGUGGACCUCGUGGAGGUGAUGUUUUGCGAUUGCUCCGCAAGCCGAUUACCUUCAACAACAUCCCUAAGGUUGAGCGGAUCACCAUCCACAGCUAUGUCAAGCAAGCCGCUCAGGAAAACUCGUCAUGGCUGCACGUAGCGGGUAUGGCGGUGCAGGCCAUCUCGAAUGUGCGCGUAGAAACAUUCAAGUCGAAGUCUAGCGUUGCCACCUGGAGCAUCGCUCCCGGGAGAGACACAGUCGCGGUCAAGGCAGAGCUCCGCGGUGAGGACAUGCAGCAUUUCCUCGGAAAGCUGAUCGACGUUGUCAUGCCCAGAAUCAAGGACUGGGAGGGUGUCAAGGGUAGCAGCGGUGACAGCAGCGGAAACAUCACCUUCGGUCUGGAAUCGGAGAAUGUGGCUCUGUUCCCUGAAAUUGAGGUCAACUACGAUAUGUACCCACCCAAGAUGAUCCCCGGUUGCCACAUUACCCUCCACACCAGUGCCAAAACUGACAAGGAUGCCCGGCUUCUCCUCAGUGCCAUGGGAAUUCCCUUCUAUGGCAAGGUCGUCAACUAA